AUGGCCCUUCCCCUCCUGUCUGCCUAUAAGAGAGAGCAGUUUCCCUGCUGGAGGAACGUGUGUGUAGUAUAUUCCAUGCUGUGGUUGGUGGUACUGCCAAACUGUGGGGAGACAGGGAAGACCCGCUGUGGCCAAGAACUCGUAGCCGCCCUAGAGUUCGUGUGUGGUGACCGUGGAUUUUACAGAGGUAAAGUGGGGGGGCCCAGGGGGGGCCCACGAUCUCGUGCCAAAGGGAUAGUGGAACAGUGCUGUACCCGUAGCUGUGAUCUGCAGCAUCUAGAGACCUAUUGUGCCAAACCAAAGCGGAACCCACGUCAAGUUCCCGUCACACCUCAGCAAACAGCAGAGGAGCAGUUCAGGAAGGUGUUUCAAAGGCGAUAUCUGAAGCUUUCCAUGAUGGCUCACGAGAACAAGAGGCAAAACCAAAAAGUGAGCAUCCAUUUCCGUGGAAACCUUAAAAGCAUACCGUCACGUGCCACUUACACCAAGCUCCCGAAAUCCGCACUGCCAGAGUUCCAGAAUCCUCACACAGAACGAACACAACUCUCACAGACCUUCACCCCAAGUGGAUGA